AUGGUUCAAAGUGUGUUUAGAAGCUCUGUUCGCUAUUCCUCAACGGUGUCGAAAAUUGCUCGUGUUCCUUCAAAGUUCAAUGCGACAUCAUCCGCUUCAAACGUGAAGCCGAACUAUUCAAAGGGAACGCUGUAUCACCAUCCAUCACCAUCGAUUGCAAAGAUCUCCACUCCAGAUGCAUUUUUACCUUCGAAUGAUCCACGUAAGGGGCUAAAUCUCAGUGGUAAGCCUUCUACAUCCUAUGCCAACGCUCCCUCGUUGAGCACACCAACCCGUCGUGAGCUGAACUUGACCCCUGCACAAGUCACAGAGAUUCAAACCUUGAGAAUGAGCGAGCCAGACAAAUGGACUCGCAAGGCGCUUGCAGAGAAGUUCAACGUAAGUCCCUUCACAAUAUCGUUGGUGAGCGAUGCCAACAGUGAGAGACAAGAGGAGAUGACACAGAGGCUUGAGACGAUCAAGAAGUCCUGGUCAGAAGGACGCAGAAGGGCAAGAUUGGAGAGACAGAAGAGAAAAGUGUCCUGGUACCGUGAUGAAUGA